UGCAGCCGGGGCCGCGGAGCGCGCCUGCUCCCCGCUGUUCCCGCAGCCGGAGGCGGCCGGGCGGCGGCGGGCGGCGCGAUGCGGCUGGGCGGCGGGGCCUUCGCCGCGGGCUGCGUGGUGAUCGAGGUGCUGGGAGUCGCGCUCUUCCUGCGGGGCUUCUUCCCGCCUCCCGUGCGCUCCUCCUCCAAGCCCGAGCCCCCGGCGGCGCCCGAGCCCUCGGCAGGGGCCAGUUCCAAUUGGACCAAGCUCCCCGCACCUCUCUUCGGGAAAGUUGUUAUUAUGCUGAUCGAUGCCUUGAGAGAUGAUUUUGUGUUUGGGUCAAAAGGUGUGAAAUUUAUGCCCUACACAACUUACCUUGUGGAAAAAGGAGCAUCUCACAGUUUUGUGGCUGAAGCAAAGCCACCUACAGUUACUAUGCCUCGAAUCAAGAAUAUGUUUGUAUAUUUUCAGAAAACAACUCUGAGACCAUGUGGAUUCCAGCAAUAGAGAGGAAUCGACAGGACUACUCCAGCCAUGAAGACAGAAGAGAAGCAGUCCAGAGAUGGAAGACGCUGAUGUGGCCUUCCCAUACUAGCAGUUAGCAGCUGUGCAUCACUGCAGGUUGCCCAGGACUAAACCAGAGAGAGUCGGACCUGCAUUACCACCAUUUGUCCACCAUCCAGAACUGUAAUGUCAGUGCUGACAUGUACACAUAAGGAACUGUUGGACAUUGAAAUUGGGUCUCAAAAGAACUGUUGGCCCAGAAAGAAACUCACUACAGACUGAUUCAUUUGCCUGUCACCAUAACCAUUAUUGCUUGUCUCAUUUUCGGUUCUUAUAAGUGUAUUUCUAAUAGCACAUGAUCUCACUCAUCUAGGGGAAAUAAUGAACAACAUAGACUGAUGAACAAGAACAGACCCAGAAACAAGGAGGCAUGGAUCAGACUGUCAGGCCUCAGAGGGAGGGUAGG